AUGAAGGGCCACAGGUUGUCUAUUGUGCAUGGCUCCACAGACUUGGCAUUUGUUCCUCCUCUGUAUUUUGAUGUUCUUGCUACAUCUGACUCCUGUGACUCCAGCAGCCCUCUUUGUAUUGUCGCUCCUCAGUGUGAGUUGUAUACAACACUAGGAGAAGAGCAUGUCAAGCACAGUUGGCAGGAAUCAUUUUCCGUUACCCAGGUGACCUGUAAAGACUCGAGGGAUGGAUUCAGUUCUUCGAGUUGGGGACUAAGUAGUGUUUACGAAGAGGUUGCUGAGAUUUUUGAAUCAGAGGGUGAAAUGCACUUAGCGGCAUACCAUGGGGACCCCCCCAAAAAAUCCCAGCAAAGGAGCUCUACCUCCAUGCCACCAAAGAGGAGUGUCUCUCCCGCACCAUCAAACCACAGAAGUAUUCCUCCUGGGAGGCAAAAUGAAAGGAGUGUCUCUCAGGUGAGACUAAAUCAGAGAAGUACCUCUCCUAGAAGAUUAAACGAGAGGAGUGUCUCUCCUGUGAGAGUAAAUCAGAGAAGUACCUCUCCUGGAAGGCCAAACCAAAGGAGUGUAUCUCCUGCAAGACUAAGUCAGAGAAAUUCUUCUCCUGAAAGGCCACAUGUGAGGAGGAGUGCCUCCCCUAUAAGAACACAUGAAAGAAGUAGCUCAGCAGUAAAAACCCAAAAAAGAAGUGCUUCCCCUGUAAGGCCUAUGGACCGGAGCACCUCCCCAGAAAGACAUCAGUAUGAUGGCCCAUCACCUUUGAAAGCACCCCAGAAGAGCACAUCUCAAUUAAAAUCUCAGCAGUGGAUUGGAACCCCAUUAAUAUCUCAGCAGAGAAAUUCCUCCGCUAUAAAACUUCAACAGAGCCAAGCCUCGCCAGUAAAUUCCCACAGGAGGAGUGACUCCCCGGGAAGAUGCAGUCAGAGAAGCACCUCUCCUUUGGGAUCCCGGCAUAGAAGCACAACUCCCACAAGAUCAUACCAGAGAAGUACAUCCCCUGUUGCAUCUCAGCAUAACAGAUCAUCCACCAAUACUCUCCACCAAAGAAGCACCUCUCCUGUAAGACCCCUGCAGCGAAACAAAUCUCCUGAGAGAAACAUGUCCAUAUCAGAACAAAGGGGUACUUCUUAUGGUGGACAGGCACUCAACUCUUCUAGAAGGCCUUCAGUUUCAAACGCAGUUAAAAAAGAGUCUCACUCCCGUACAGUUCAGAACGCACCAAACCUUGGGGUGAGUCGGCGACUUACAUCAUCCACAAGCUCCCUAGACUCUGAUGGUGGCUCCCGAGGCUCUAGUAACCGUAUACCAUACACCGCUUUGGCAGAUAUACCACCAGCCAAACGUCUAGGGCCUGGUUUUAAAAAGAGCAAAGCUCCGAAUAACCAAACACGUAGCCCUGGAAGAGCUGAGGUGGAGAGAAUAUUUGGGCAAGACAGAAGAACAGCAGAGGCGCUUGAAGCUUUUCAGGCCCUAGAGGCUGGAUUAAUUGAGAGACUGCCAGAUAAGAACCCAUCCUUGCAGAGGAGGCUCACAAGAAGGCAAUCUACUCCCUGUUUGUACCCAGAGGAGUCAGUGCUUAUGCGCCAAGAACUGAGGUCGCGGAGAGCAAGUCUACACCCACCGCCAAGAACAGACAGGGAUUGUUAUAGCAGCCCGGGCAGAUGGAGCCGGGACUCCUCACCUCAUCGUACAGGGAGCCAGGUAAAUGACUGCCCAGCUAGAAAGAGAGACACUCAUUGGGGGAUGAGGUUCAUUAAGUAA